UUUUUUAGCAGCCACCUCAUAGACUCAUUCUCUUUGCGUCUCUCUCUCUCUCUCUCUAACCCAAACAAAACACAGGGAAAACAAAAACCCACAAGCACAAUAUGGACGACAAUGUUGAGGAAUACCAGAACUAUUGGGAGACCAACAUGUUUUACCAAACUGAAGAGCUUGACAGAUCAUCACAUCAGAAAAGUUUGGAAAAUUAUGACAGUUGGGUGGAUGAGGCGAUCUCCGGUUACUAUGACUCGAGCUCCCCAGACGGGGCGGCAUCCACUGCGGCUUCCAAGAACAUCGUGUCCGAGAGGAACCGGAGGAAGAAGCUCAACGAGAGGCUAUUUGCAUUGAGGGCGGUGGUGCCCAACAUUAGCAAGAUGGAUAAGGCAUCCAUCAUCAAGGAUGCGAUUGACUACAUCCAAGAGUUGCACGAACAAGAGAGAAGGAUCCAAGCUGAGAUUCUGGAGCUCGAAUCCGGCAAGUUGCAGAAGGGCCCCGGUGGUUACGACUUUGAUCAAGAUCUUCCGGCCUACUUGAGAUCUAAGAAGAAGAGGACCGACGCGUUCUACGACUCCGGGGGCUCGCGAAUCUCCCCCAUCGAAGUCCUCGAACUGAGGAUCACACACAUGGGAGACAAGACGCUGGUGGUGAGCUUGACAUGCAGUAAAAGAACGGACACGAUGGUGAAACUGUGUGAAGUGUUCGAGUCUUUGAAGCUCAAGAUCGUCACUGCCAACAUCACUGCUUUCUCUGGCCGGCUUUUGAAGACAGUCUUCGUUGAGGCGGACGAAAAUGAGAAAGAGAAUCUGAAAAUGAAGAUCGAGACAGCCAUUGCGGCGCUUAACGACCCGCAGAGCCCUAUGAGCAUUUGAUGAAUGGCAUGAGAAAAUUGCCCCAGAAAGCUUUCUAGGAAUUGCGAGUUUUUGUGCCCCCCAUCUCUCUCUCUCUAUCUGUGUCUGUUGUCAUUGUUCCUCCGUAUUCUUGUCCGUGCCACGACGAAUGUAUUACAAGUCCAGUCAGUGUAGUCACCCAAAGUCGAGACCUACUCGUCUCUGUUGCUCAGCCUGUCUUUGCAAAAACAAAGAAAGGGAAGGCAAAGAAGUAUGUUCCGACGAUUAGAGAGUGAGUACUGUAGUUUCUUCUU